GUAAUUGACUGUAAUGUGUCUGUCAGCGCGUUUAGUUCCUCAGGAUGUACAGCUUUAUGGGAGGGGGCUUAUUCUGUGCCAUCGUGGGCAACAUCCUGCUGGUGGUCUCCACAGCGACGGACUACUGGAUGCAAUACAGACUGUCUGGCAGCUUCACUCACCAGGGCCUGUGGAGAUACUGCAUGUCUGGCAAAUGCUACACGCAGACCGACAGCAUCGCUUACUGGAACGCGACCCGGGCCUUCAUGAUCCUCUCAGCGAUGUCGUGUUUUGCGGGAAUCAUCACAGGCAUCCUCUCCUUCGCUCACUUCUCCGCCUUUGAGCGAUUCAACCGUUCCUUCACUGCGGGGAUCAUGUUUUUUAUCUCCACGCUCUUUGUUUUGCUCGCUAUGGCCAUCUACACCGGAGUGACGGUCAACUUCCUCGGGAAGCGUUUCGGUGACUGGCGUUUCUCAUGGUCCUACAUUCUGGGCUGGGUCG